ACCAGGCACCUGAACCCUGGGAUCUGCAGCUUCUCCAUUCGUCUAGAGCUAGCUCCUCAGCACCGAAAGGAAGCCCCUGUCAUGAAGAGGUUUCUCCUGGCCACCUGUCUGGUGGCUGUGCUGCUGUGGGAGGCAGGUGCAAUUCCAGCACACCAGGUCCCUGUCAAGACCAAAGGCAAACAUGUGUUCCCUGAACAGGAAACAGAGAAGGCCUGGGAUACCAGAGCCAUGGAACCUCUUGAAAAGGAUGACCAGCUGGGGGCACUGCUUCCUGUACCCAAGCAGAAGCUUGCAGCCACUGAGGAAAAGCAUUCAGAUACCAUGACCUGGGUGGAAACUAAGGACAUCCUGAGCCGUUUUCGGAAUCCUCUUCAGGGUCCAGAACUGGAUCUUGACAGCAUAUACCAUCCCAUGUCUGAGGAUGUCCAGAAUGAAGAAGUGCCCCAGUCUAGGCCCAUCCUAUAUCGUCAGGUGCUGCACGGACCAGAGGAGGACCUUGACCACAUCUCCCACUCUCUGGAGGAUUCUGGAGAGCCCUAACCAUUCUCCUACUCCUGUCCUCAGGUCUAGGCUGCUGUGACCAUUCAUUCUCCCCAGUUAGAAAAAAAAAUUAAACAUUUGAAAAUUGGCGGAA